GAGGUCAUGUGAUUGGGCCAGACCGGAGCCAUCGGGGCAGCCAGGAACCUGGCAGAGAGCAGGGAGGAGGCGGCGGAGGAGUGAAAGGAGAAGAGGCGGCCGGGCGGAGACCGCUCCCUGAUAUGAUUGUGACUGCUCGCUGGCCAUUACCAAAAGGAUAGAAGAGACCUGUUCCACACAUUUUAAUUACUGGUCCAGUUUUCUGUACAAGCAAAAGACUCUGUCACAAAAACUUAAGCAUGGCUAGCCGAGGAGGAGCCACCAGACCCAAUGGACCAAAUGCUGGGAAUAAAAUCUGUCAGUUCAAGCUUGUCCUUCUAGGAGAGUCGGCUGUGGGAAAGUCCAGUCUAGUACUACGCUUCGUAAAGGGACAGUUUCAUGAAUUCCAAGAGAGCACAAUCGGAGCUGCUUUUCUAACCCAGACCGUUUGCCUUGAUGAUACAACAGUUAAAUUUGAAAUCUGGGAUACAGCUGGUCAAGAAAGAUACCACAGUUUAGCUCCAAUGUACUAUCGGGGAGCCCAAGCUGCAAUAGUUGUAUAUGACAUUACAAAUGAGGAAUCAUUUGCAAGAGCAAAGAACUGGGUGAAAGAGCUUCAGAGACAAGCAAGCCCAAACAUUGUCAUAGCUUUAUCGGGUAACAAGGCAGAUCUGGCUUCCAAGCGUGCUGUGGAUUUUCAAGAAGCCCAGGCUUAUGCUGAUGAUAACAGUUUGUUGUUCAUGGAGACGUCUGCUAAGACAUCUGUGAAUGUGAAUGAAAUAUUCAUGGCAAUAGCUAAAAAAUUGCCCAAGACGGAACCACACACUGGAGGAGGAAACACCACCAGAGGAAGAGGAGUAGAUCUUACUGAAGCUGCACAACCUAGCAAAAGUCAAUGCUGUAGUAACUAACUAAGCCCUUAUGUACUUUACACUGUAUUGAUAUUCUUUUGCUUCCUAAUUGUUCAUAACAAUUGAGUGUUUAACCUUUUCUUGGCCUUAGAGCCAGCCCUUCAGCGCAAUGCGUUGCAAGUCCCCCUGGCAGUAAAUAUUUUUUCUUGGCCCAGUGAAAUAUAAAGUAAAAAAAAAAAAAAAAACACAAAGACUUACUAUGUGGUAUAAUUUCUAAUACUGAAUUAUUUUACUGCUGAAUCUGGUUUUUAACAUGCAUGCAUUACUUUCUGAAAGAAGUUCAGUUGUUGUAGUGUGAAAGAAUAUACUGAUCAAUUAAAACCAAAUCCUUAAACUGGUAAAAAUGAAAUAAUAAUUUUUAGCAAUAUUUAGCGUGGCUGAAUAUGUGACCUCAUGAAGUCAAUAUUUUUAACCAGUCAACCAUCAAGGGGUGAGCAUCUCAUAGAACAGUAACAUUUUUUACCCCUUAAAUUUUUCUUCCAGUAGCAAACCCAGUAAAACCAUGGCAUUUUGGAAAACGGUAAAUAUUGAUCCUAAGUGGAAUACUUUUGAAUGGUUUUGUUCUAAUCACGAUUAAUAAUGCUAUUUGAAGCAGGGUAUGAAAACUUCUUCUUUGCAGUAUUUGUUCAAAAUCUCCCUUAAUACAGCACAACCCAAACAUACAUUCCACUUUAUUUAUAAGUUUUCAGCCUUUAAUCUUUUGGUUCCUUUCUUAAAAAAUAAGUAAAAUACGAUCUCCUUGUAGAUUUUUCUUCUUUCUCAUUGAAUACUUAUUUCUUUCUAACAUUUGAAAACAACAUAUAAAAAUCAUGUUUAAAUCCCAUGAAAGAUUGUCAAGGUAAUUCAUUGGAGAUGUAAUUUUCUUUCCUUGGUACACAGCACUCUUUAGUUUCUGUUUUAUAAUUCUGCUCUUUUGGGUGGUGUUUUUUUUUCUCAUCAUUGCUAAAUAAAAUUCUAAUAUAUCCAAUGUUUUAACAAUCAUGUACUCCAUUUAGUUAUCUUAAAAUCAGAAAGUAAAUUGUAUUGUAAAUAGGGUACUGAAUUGUAGUCUUCACUUAUGUUUAAUAUGUUCUGUUACUUGUAAGAUUUUGGUUAAAAAUGUACAGUUACUAAAAAAAAAUUAUGAAAUAAAAAGCUAACGUUUUUUUCCUCUUUCCCGAUUUGCUCUUACACUGCUAACUGCAUCUCAUUUAACACUGUAACAUUUUAUUUCCUGUAUGUAUUAAAGGUGAACAUUUGAGCAUUGGGUUUAAAUGUGUGUAAAAACUGUAUAAUCCUUUUGAGAACUGAAAGAAAAUUUUAGCAGGCAUUAAACUAAUCAUAAAGCUUUGAUUCAAUAUCAAGUUUCUUGCUCAUGGAAUAUUUUUAAGUAAUAAUAAAAUUCUUUUACGAGUUU